CUUCCUCACUCAAAGCCUCAAAGCAUAAACAAUAUUUCUGCAAUAAAUUCUCAUUCACACUACAAAAUUCAAAAAAUGGAAGCACAAAACGUAUCCGAAUUCGAUCUCGCUUGGCUCGACGACAUACAAAACUUUCUCCUCAGCGAUUUCGAUUUCAAUUUCGAUUUCGAUUUCAGUUCCAAUUCCUCACCUGCAGAUUCUCCGCCGAUCAACGACGACACCGAUCAAUCAUCGCAAAUGAUUAAGGAGUUGCUGGUCAGCGACGACAGCGAUCAAUCGUCGCAAAUGAUUGAGGAAUUGCUGAUCAGCGAAGACAGCGAUCAAUCGUCGCAGAUGAUUGAGGAAUUGCUGGUCAGCGACGAUAGCGAUUCCGCGGUAUCGGAGGCGCCGAGGAGCCUCGGGGCGGCGGCGGAGUGGAAGCGGUACAGAGGCGUGAGGCGGCGGCCGUGGGGGAAGUUCGCGGCGGAGAUGAGGAAUCCGGAUAAGAAAGGGUCGAGGAUGUGGCUGGGGACGUACGAGACGCCAGAGGAGGCGGCCAUGGCUUAUGACAGAGCCGCCUUCAAUCUGCGCGGAUCCAGGGCUAGGGUCAAUUUCCCCCACCUUAUCGGGUCGGGCGUUUCGGAGCCGACCCGGAUUACGAAGCGGCGUCGUAUUUCGACCGAUUCGGAUACAUUGAAGAAGAAAAUUGAAACGGAAUCCUGAUUUGGGCCUUUUUUUAAAAUAGUUUUAGAAAAUGCUUGUUGUAAGUAUUAGCUCAGACAAAUGUUUGAAAAUCGAAAUGAUUCCUUUUUGAACCAAUCUAUAAUAUCAUAUGGAUUGGUUUUACACUUUUCGUCACCAAAAACAUCUGCAAAUUAAUCUUUUGGAGGUUGCACAAAAGCAUUUUUCUUAUCUAAAA